AUGGUCCAUGUGCAAUUGGAUGCUGUAGCGAGUUUGGAUCGUGUGGCUUUGGUCCAGAUUACUACUGAACAAUUCUGCGGUGACAAGAAAGUCAAGCACAAGACAUGCUCGAAGAACAACGGCAACGCCCGUGUUGUUGGCUACUAUGAGGGCUGGGCUACCACUCGGUCAUGCAACGUGUUUUUGCCUGAGCAAAUCCCUAUUGUAGUCUACACUCACAUCAACUUUGCUUUCGCUGUCAUUGACCCGAAGACGUUCAAGAUAGCACCAUCCUCCCCCGAAGAUGUCAACCUCUACAAGCGUUUGACGCUGUUGAAGAAGAGAGACCCUAACCUGAAAGUCUACAUCGCGAUCGGUGGUUGGGCCUUCAACGAUCCCGGCCCAACAGCUACCACGUUCUCUGAUCUCGCAGCCUCUGUGCCGAGACAGAAGGCCUUCAUGGAGUCAGUACUAUCAUUCAUGUCUACAUAUGGAUUUGAUGGUCUUGACUUGGACUGGGAGUAUCCUGUAUCAGAGGAACGUGCCGGUCGGAAAGCCGAUUUCGACAACUUCCCAAAGUUCAUGGCUCGGCUCAAGAAGACGCUAUCUGCCUCCAGCAAAGGUCUCACCAUUACGCUUCCAGCGUCUUACUGGUACUUGCAGCACUUCGACUUGGUCAACCUGGCUGAUAGUGUGAACUGGUUCAACAUCAUGUCAUACGAUCUACACGGAACCUGGGAUCAAGGCAACAAGUUUACCGGAGCUUUCCUCAACAGCCACACCAACCUGACAGAGAUCGACAUGGCCCUUGAUCUGCUUUGGCGCAACGAUAUCGACCCGUCCCAAGUUGUUCUGGGACUGGCUUUCUACGGACGCACAUUUACCAUGACCACAGCCACCUGCAACAAGCCUGGUUGCACCUACCAGUCCGGCGGCCGGAAAGGCGACUGCAGCAAGGAAGUCGGCAUUCUCUUGAACUCUGAGAUUGAUGACAUCAUCGAGGCACGCGGCAUCUCUCCGGUCUUGUACAAGAAGGAAGCCACCAAGGUCGUCACGUGGGGAAACCAGUGGGUUUCCUAUGAUGAUGAAGAAACUCUAAUCAUGAAGUCGGAGUAUGCGCAGACCUUGUGCUUGGGAGGAUUGAUGGUCUGGGCCAUUAGCCACGAUACCAAAGACGCCAAAUAUCACAAGGCUCUAGCCAAGGCUGCUAACCGCAAGAUAUCUGCACAGCCCGUCACCGAUGGGUCUGACAACGCGUAUGAGGACCUCGAAGUUCCUCGUGACCACGGGAGCGUAGAAGUCGGCGGGAACAACGAGUACUGCAAGAAGGUUUUGACUUACCAGGCAGCCUGCUGCACCACCGACACGAGGAGCAUGAAGCUCUAUACCAAGGGCGAAUGGGGUGAAGCCCCCAACUGCGAUAAGACGUCCGGAUGCCCCGUCUCAGACCCCAAGAAGACCGAUAUGAUUGGCGGUGCGUCAAGAGGAUCGGGAGGUGCCGUCUGCAACGCCUACUACAAGUUCCAGCUUGAAGCUGUAGACCCCCCAGAGGAACGGAAGUACUGUUACGACAGUAGCGACAAGAAGGAGAGGUUCUCAGACUGCGAGUUCUACACCAACCACGGUUUCAUACCUUCCGGCGCUCCCGACGGGUGGUGUCUCAGCGGUUGCCCCAACAAUCGCGUGCGAGUCGGCUUGAGCUAUGGUGGUGACUGUGCCGAAUGGUCAUACAAAGCAUUAUGCUGCGUUCCCAACAUUUCGGAAACAAUUCAAAUUGAGAACCCCAAACUGGAAGAGUACCGCGAUGCCCUCGAAGAGUACAUCAAGGAUCCAAGAUGUAGCGUUCCUCAGACGUUCGGCAAGCGCGACUCACUCUCUCUGAUCAAGAGAGACCUCGACUCCCCAUACGACGUUACUCAUCAGCUGUUGUUGGGAUUAAUUGCCAAAACAGCAUCAUCAUCAAUGUACGAUUUGAUGAGCGAAGCCUGGAACAAAGCCAUGGGAACCACAUACAGCAGCUUGAAAUUUCCAAAAUUGCGGGAAUUCGUUACUGAACUCGACAUUUACAAGUCACGAGGUCCGAUUGAAGUUGCAUAUGAGAUCAUGUGCAGCCUCAACUAUUGGAAUUCCCGCGCAGCGGGCGGUUCGAAAACACUAGUAUGCUACGAUCCCUCCUACGACAAGGACGCUGCGAGCCCAGCACGGCUUGCACGCUCCAUUCCAUCUCGCCACCAUCAUCAUCACUACGUCCACCGACAUGCAUUGAGUCAUUCCUCCGAUCACACUCUUGCUAAGAGGGUGGGACGCGCCAGAGACUACCGCGUUGAGAUCAACGGAGGUGUCAAUCCAAAUCAUCGUAUAACCAUAACUAUGCCUGAGCUGAUGCAGCUCCACGAUGCCAUGAGUGACACCAAUGUGAAGACUGAAUUAGAUAACGGCGUGGUCGGCGCCCAGAAAAUCUUGAGGAGAAUCAAGGCAGCAAUAGCGACGAUCCGCUACCUCAACUACGAGGGUGACCCGAAUGUCAACUACCGCCUGACGCAAAUUGUCAACAACGCGGGCGCUCAAUGGCGACACUCCCAGCAAAUUCACAACGCAAACAAUCCGAACGAUCUGACAACGAUUGGUGAUUAUUGGUCGGAGUGGAUUAUAGAUUUCUUCGAGAAGCUCGUCGGCCAUACCAAGAACUGGUGCAUGGAUACUAUCACCAAGUUGCGGAAACAUUGGGGAGUCAGAACGGGUGCAGAGGCUCAGCAGAUACUUGACGCUCUGAGCAGCUUGCAGGCAGCACUGCCGACUUUGUAUAUUAAGACUGACCACAUGUUCUAG